ACGGCCACUCAUCAUUUGUAGAUUGAUUGAGGUCUCAAUGGACACUGGUCGCCAACCAGUACACGAGAGACGACACGUCAGACCUGGCCUCAAUCGUUCCAUUAGAACGGUCGUACGUCUCAUCAGGACAAAUGGCGGAUUCUGGGAGGGAUUUGACGCCUCCUGACGAGGACAUAAAUGCGACACAAUAAACUGUGAGCCUCCAAACUGCUCCCUCCACCUCCACAUGGACUCCACCAACACGCCAGAUUGGGAUCUACUCCACCGAGUCUGCCCUGGAUUAUUGUGGCUCAUGGUACCAUUGGUAUUGAACUGAGUACCAACCCAGAUCUGUUCAUCUCUCGCGACGGCGGCGUCACGUGGGAGCAGACGCUCGCCGGGAGCUGGGGGGUUAACCUGGCAGAUCACGGAGGGUUAAUGGUGGCCGCCAAGACAUACCACCAGAACAGUCCGUGGUCCUCAAGUACAGCUGCACGAGGGCUACAGCUGGAGGGAUUUCACCUCAGCUCCACUGAUAUCACGAUCUAUGGUGUGGUCACGGAGCCAGGCCAGCACACCACUAUCAUGAGUUUCUACGGAGGCUCGUGGGACGAUUUCAAGUGGACCGUCAUUACCGUGGAUUUUGCUAACAUCUUCCCCCGCCAGUGCGACGACCAAGACUACUAUGAUUGGAGACCUUGGGACGAGAGGACAGAGAGUCAGUGUCUUUUGGGGAGCUCCAUCACGAUCGAGAGACGAAAGCCUCAGAUCUGUUGUCUCAACGGACGAGACUACGACCGGGAGUUUGACUACCACAUCUGUGACUGUACCAGUGAGGACUACGAGUGUGAUUAUGGGUUGCUCGACCAAUGUAUGACUACUACGCUCCCUGUAUGAGAGACCAUGCCCAUGAAGAACUGCCCAUCCUGUGCCGGUGGAAAGAAUAAGCCUACAUGGACAGCACUGGAUAUCGGAAGAUAGCAGGAGACGUGUGCACCGGAGGAUGGAGAGGAGAAAUAUUCCAGCGUUUCGAGGCUCCUGCUGUGGCGAUGACACCCUCCACCUUAUCCCUCCCUCCCCCCAAUCAACCUGCUGCAGGUCAAACUGUGAGUGAGAA